AUGGAUAAUGCAGGUGAGGAUGUCACCAGUUUAAAAGAUGGUGGUGUAAUUUUACAUAAGCUACCUGCUGUGUACCCAGAGGAAUUCGACACAGUGUCAUUAAGGUAUUCUCUUCUUCAUGAUGGACAAAUCAUUGAGAAAGAUACCGAAGUUACCUUUGUUAUUGAUGAAACAGAAGAUUUAAGAAUAUGCCCUGGUCUAGAGAUUGCUGUCAAAAAACUACAAGUUUUUGAACAAGCUAGAGUGCUAAUGACAGCUGAAUAUGGAUUUGGCUCAGAAGGUCAUGUGGCAUUAAACGUUCCUCCUGGUGCUCAGAUUGAGUAUGAAAUCCAGGUGUUGGCUUUAUCAAAGGCAAAGAAAAUCUCUGACUUGGAUGUAGGGCAAAGGCUGGGCCUGGCAGAGCAAAGAAGGGUUAAUGCAACUGCAUUGUCUCGGAUAAAAUGUUAUAAGAAAGCGGCCUACAUAUUUAAAUCGGUCUUAGAAAUAUUAGACAACAGAGAAGAUUUUUUUGUUCUUAAAGCUGAUAAAAAGAGGAGGAAUGCUAUUCUUUUGGAAGCUUAUGUAGGCUUAGCUUCUUGUGACCUCUUCCUUGAAAAUUUUCAAGAAGUAAUAGAAGCAGCUAAUAGUGCUAUUGCACUAUCCAACAUUGGUUCAGCCUAUUUUAGAAGGGCCCAGGCACACCAAAAGCUAUUCUUAUUCAAACAAGCAAUGCUUGAUUAUGAAAAAGUAAUAGCUAUAGAACCCUUAAAUGAAGCAGCUGCUGAGAGGCUGGAAGAAUGCAGAAUCCAGUUGAGAAAAAAAUGCCUUAUUGAGAAUUCCCACCAAUUAGUUAGGUUGGCUCUGCAAACUGCAGAAUCACAAGUACCAGUGGCAGAAGCUGCGUCAAAAAGAGCUCUUAACAGCCCAUUAUCUACCAAUCCAGCAAAGAAAGCAAAAUUAACUGAGGCGCAUGCAUCUGAUGAAAUAGUGGAAAGAGAAGAUUUUCUUCUCAAGGAGAUGAGCGCUUUGAGUGAAGUUUUUCCUGAAAAUGAUCCUAAUGAAUUGUAUGCCAUGUUGGAGAAUGCUGUGGAUAAAGAAGAUCGUAUUAUUUUAGUUAUCAAUGAGUUAUUUUCAACAGCAAACUAUGUUGAAUUAGAAGGUCAGUUUUGA